UCUAUUUGUAAAGAACUAAAACAUAUAAAAGUAAUGGAAGUGGCAAUAGCAAUUGCUCUUGUUUGCAUCGCUGUGUAUCUAGUGAAUAAUUAUUUCUUCAGUUAUUGGAAGCGACGAAAUUUCCCACAAGCAGAUCCAACAUUUUUAAUUGGAAAUUGUGGAAAAUUGUUAAAACUUAACACUUGCUUUACGGAGUUCCUUUAUGAUUUCUACAAAAAAUAUAAACAUGAAAAAGUUGUUGGCAUUUACUUCUCAUAUCAGCCAGCCUUAAUUGUUAAUGAUCCAGUGAUAGCUCAACAAAUUCUAAUUAAGGAAUUUGGAUCAUUCCAUGACCGUCCAAUGGCAAUAAAUGAAGACAUUGAUCCAAUUACAGGAAACUUAUUCUUCCUUAAAGGUCAAAGGUGGCGUGAAUUGCGUGUUAAAUGUACGCCGUUGUUCACAUCAGGCAAACUUAAGACCAUGUUUCCUGUCAUGAGAGAUUGUGGAGAUGUCUUACAAAAAUAUAUUUCUAAAAAUAUUGAGGAUGGAACUAAUGUUAUUGACUUUAAAGACUUACUUGCUCGAUUCACUAUCAACAUAAUCUCAUCGGUAGCUUUUGGCAUUGAAAUUGACUGUAUUAAUGAACGGGAUCACAUUUUUAGACAACGAGGAAUCGAAAUAUUUACAGGAAGCUUCAAAAGAGCUUUUCUUAACUUCUUCCUACUCUUUUGGCCCAAAUUAAUGGAAAAGUUAAAGAUUCGAUUCUCAAGCAAGGAAGUUGAAGAAUUUUUCACGUCACUGUCCAAGCAAACUGUUGAGUAUCGCGAGAAGAACAACAUCAAAAGAAAUGACUUUAUGGAUCUGAUGAUACAAUUGAAAAAUAAUGGUUAUAUAACAGCUGAUAAGGAACAAAAUGGUGAUAAGAUUAGCGGAAGUGAAAAUGGGAACUCACCAAAAAUGACAAAGUUGACGAUGAAUGAGAUUAUGGCACAGUCUUUUGUCUUCUUUGCCGCAGGCUUUGAGACAUCAAGUUCCACAAUGGCUUUCUGUCUUUAUGAAUUCUGCAAGAACCAAGAGAUUCAAAGAAAAGUUCAAGAUGAAAUCGACAGAGUUUUAGGAUCAAAUGACCUUGAAUCCAUCACUUACGAAUCCCUUCAAGAACUAAAAUACCUUGAAUGCUGCAUUGAUGAAACUUUAAGGAAAUAUCCACUUGUAUUUAUAUCCAGAGAAGCAGCUACUAACAUGACAGUUCCAACAACAAAUCUUGUAGUUGAGAAAGGAACAACUGUGUACAUUUCUGUGAUGGGAAUGCAUCGAGAUCCAGACAUAUAUGAAGAUCCAAUGGAAUUUAAACCUGAAAGAUUUUUGAAUUCGUCGAAUGGAAAUCCAAAAGUUAAGGAUGGAAUUGUAUAUUUCCCGUUCGGAGAUGGACCUAGAAACUGCAUUGGAGCACGAAUGGGCAAGCUUCAGGCAAAAUUAGGCAUUGUGCUUAUUCUUAGUAAGUUCAACUUAGAACUACAUGACAAAUCAAUGGCGUACAGAGAAUUAGAUUAUGAUAUUCAGGCUGGAAUAUUAAAUGCUCGUGAUAAACUUAAUUUUAAGGUUUCUGCUCGCUAA